GCAAAAACAACAGCAACAACAGCAGCAAUGAGUUCGAAUACCAAGAAUCAAGUACAGAGGCUGAAGCCCAACCUCACUGGUGCACAGGAAACACUCCUCGCCAUCCUGUACUCGCGUGCACUGGAUGCCAAGACCACCGUUCCGAUCCUGGGCGAUCGGUACGCUGCACGACUUGUCGAUCAGCUCGACUACGACUUCUCGAAGCUUCACGUCAUCUGGCUCAAGGCAGCUGCAAUUGCUCUGCGUGCCAGGUUCCUAGACCAGUGGACCGCCGAGUUCCUCCAACAGGCCCAGCACGACGGCGAGCCCGUCACAGUCCUUCACCUAGCCGCGGGCCUGGACACCCGCGCGCUGAGGCUACAGGAACACUGCAACCAGGACAGAGCAGACUUCCGCUGGGUCGACGUCGAUCUCCCGGAUGUCAUCGAUGUGAGAGGCAGACUCCGGCUGCCGGAACCGGACGGCGGCAGGAUGCAGUACGAGGUGGUCGCGGCCGAUGUGACGGAUGAGCUGUGGCUCGCGGAGCUCCGGCUUCCCCGCGACCGCAGGACGCUCGUGGUGUUUGAGGGCCUGACUAUGUACCUGCAGCCCGCACAGGGCCGUGCACUUAUCGAGAAUUUGACGCAUUGUUUCGUCGGAGCGGGGAAUCAGCUGGUGUUUGACUGCUUCAACUGGUUCCCGCUGCUGGUCCAGAAGUUCGAGCCCAUCGUCGCCAACACAGGAUCACGAUUCUCGUGGGCGAUAAACGACCCAGGGGAACUUGAGGGAUGGAAUCAAAGACUGCAUCUAACGGGUGAAGUCCUGCCCUCAGAUAAUCCAGAAAAUUUCCGGCUACCAAUCAUUAUGAGACUGUUCUGUUGGGUGGUCUCGUGGAUACCGGGACUGCGAACAUCAGCUAGAUACCUCAGAUACGAGUGGUGAUGUGGACUGUCCCCAGGAAUUUUCAUCUAAUAGAUAAU